GGAACCGGAAGGAACCCGGCGAAGGGAGGCUCAGCGAGCCAAUCAGGAUUGCAUUCGGAAAGAUGGCGGCGAUCGAUGUCCGAGAGCGCUCUGGAGGGGAGGGAGGGAGUCGGUCGGACGCGGACCUGCUGCUGCACCCGGAGCUCCUCUCGCAGGACUUUUUGCUGCUUACGCUCGAGCAGAAAAAUAUUCCAGUUGAAGAUGGAGUGAAGAUCAGUAAAGACAGACUUACUGAUCUCUAUGUUCAGCACGUGAUACCAUUGCCACAACGUGAUUUGCCAAAAACUAGGUGGGGAAAGCUGAUGGAGAAGAAAAGAGGGCAGCACACAUUGAAACAUGACAUCAAAAGCACUGCGACUGUGGAAAAUCUAAGGAAGCGACCUCUCAUUGUGUUUGAUGGCAGCUCUACAAGUACAAGCAUAAAAGUAAGGAAGACAGAGAACGGAGCUGUUGAAGGCGUAAAACUCCCUACAGCGGGAAGUCCGGCUAGCACGUGCAGGAGACUGCCUGUUCCUUCAAAUUCUUCAACAUGCAAAUCCGCCUCCAAUCUUUCACCGGACUCAAAAGUGGAAUCUGGGAUUAAUGAAGUUAAACGGAACAAUAUUUUAGCCAAUAACAGUAUAAUAUCUACUCAGAAGUUGUCACCGUUGGUGCCUGUAACAGGAACUACUGUUGUAAAAUUAAAGAGAACUGCCCCAAGAGAAGAAUCGGAUUCACCAAAUGACCUAAAACCUUCUGAAUCAAAAAAGAAGAUUCAACAUGUAACAUGGCCAUGAACAUACAGAGUUGGAAGUGUAAAUAAUAUGAAAUCUUCAUUUUGAAACAGGCAAGUUGUCUUGAACAGAGUUGCAGAUUGCAGUGGAUUCUUUAUAAUGUUAAUAUCCUACAAUAUAAAGCAAACACCAUACUCUCACUUAUCACCUGAAGCCAUUUCCUCGAUUGCAUUAUGAGUUAUCUACUUGCCCUUCUAGUAGUUGGUUUUGGUAGAACAAGAUUAAUUUACCAGUCUUCUUUUAGAAUUUUCAACUGUCUGAUUGUUCAGUCCUUGCAUGACUUGAUAGAGGAGAUCCAUGUGAGUUUACAACUGUUCAUGUUCAACUGUACUCAGAUAAAUGCAGAUCCUGUUACAGGUGUGUUCAGGUGCAGUGGAAGACUGCUUCCCCUUUCUGCUGAACCUCCCAUGGUGAUAAAAUAGAUUUUGCACAAACCAUUCUGUUAACAGGGCUAGAAAAUAUUUCAAGUCUUUGAGUGCCAGUACCAAGAAUUUAGAUGACAUCUGGACUGUUCCAGCCCUGCUGUGAGGCUGUGGUUACCUCUCACAAGUGGAAUGGGGUGGGGGAGCGGAACUGUACAAUGUCUUUGCUUCAAAUUGAAGUUUUUGUUAUAAUUGAAGAUGAAUGCAUUUCUGUUUUCAUUGGAGAUACAUGGAGGCACACUAAUGGGCUGUGAAUGGAAAGCAUUUGAGGGAAAAUAGUGCAUGAUCUUAUGUUGUGCUUAAAAGUACAUGCAUUAGCAUUUUGCACAAAACACUUGUACAUUUGUGGAAGACCUUACUUGCCUGCUUAUAACAUGCCUGCUAAAAUCCAGGAAGAAAACUUAACACCUAUUGAGUAGUUUGGAAAUAUGGCGUUAAUGAAUUGUACUAAAAAUAAACAGUGGAAGUUUGUGAAGGGUCAGAGCAAAGCAAAACAAAACAAAAACCCUGAACUUUUUUCUUUCUGUAAGUAAUUGGAGCCAAUUUCUUCUGGAUUGUGAGAAAUUUGCUCUAGUUUUUUUUUUAAUGUUUGGAUCAUGAUCCCAUGCACAAAAUAAUACUGAAUCCUAUGCAUAAAGGAGAUUUCUUUUCCUAAAUGCUCUGAAGAUGAUGGUAACAUCUCAGAAAAAUUACUUAGUUUCAGAAAUUGUAAAUGUGAAAAACAGUUUCUAUGAAACCAAUGUAAAAUGAAAUGAAACCAUAAUAAGAAUUGCCUAACUAUUGAUACACAAUGGGCAUGAUCCAACUGAUUUUUAGCACAUUGAUUUUAGUAGAACUGUUAAUGUACAUACAGUACCUCUUUCUCAGUAAAAGAGACUUGGAGGCUACAGCCCUCUAUCUCAAAGUAAUGCAGAAUUAAUAGUACUUACUCCUGAGUAAACAUAUGUAGGGUUGCACUGUUGGUGUAUAACUUCCACUAGAUCAUAAAACAAUAUUGUGUGUUUGCAGUGUUUGCCUCUUCCUGAAAACUUGUUCAAGUUUUGUACUUUAGUACAGCACAGUUUAAUUUUGUGUGUUUUGUAUUUGAACAGCUGUGUUUUUAUUAGCCUUAUCUGGUUUAAAUAAAUUGAAUCUGAAA